AUGGGACUGACCAUCGUGCUACGGGGGACCAUCCUCCUGAGCCCUCACCCUUUCCUCCUGAAAUGGCUCCCGUAUUGCAGAGGCAAUGUCAUCUUACACACGUACUGUGAGUUCAUGGCUCUGAUGAAGCUGACCUGUGUGGACACGGGGGUAGAGAGGGCCUACAGUCUCCUGGUUGCUUUUCUAACUGGGGGGCUGGACUUGGUGUUGAUCAUUGUGUCUUACAUCCUCAUUUUCCAGGCUGUCUUCCAGCUCCCUUCCAAGGAAGCACGGGUAAAAUCUCUUGGCACCUGCGGCUCUCACGCCUGUGUCAUCCUGGUCUUCUACACUCCAGCGUUUUCUCCUUCUUAA